UACAAGCCGUCGAUUGGAGCAAAUUCAAUUUGUGCUUACAUUUGAUUCAUGCACUGUGUGUGUCUAGGUUUAUGCUCUUCCACAACAUCGGACGUGUGCUCGAAUUGCUUCCGCGUUAUCAAAACUACCAAACAGACGUCAGAAUCAUCAAUUACAUACCGGCAAGCUCUACGUCACAUACUGGAUGAGGAUGGCAUUCAGGGUUUAUUUGCUCGAGGCUUGCAAACAAGGUUUUUCGCGGGUUGGGACUUGAUGUCGGCGGGCUUUUGGGGUACACUUAACAUCAGAAGGGCUGCGGAAGUACAGGUGGCUUAAAGGGCAUUUCUCCCCCUCCCUCACUCAGGUUGGCUGCAAACGCUCUUCAAGGAAUGUUGUUUGCUGUGGUAUGGCGGUAUCUGGAAGAAUCCCAGCUUCUUUUCGGAGGCUAAUGCACGCAGCUCUAUUGUGUAUUUCUUCUGUUGCCUGUUAUGUAGUGUGCAGAGAGCUCCAUGCAUAAAAUUAGGGAUGAUCGUAAAACGGAUUUAAAAAGAUUGACGACUUUGCCAAGCAAUUCGAUGGAAGGCUUCUUUGGAGCUUUUUUACAAUGUCAAGCAUUUCACCGCAUAGUCUUUGUUUGUCUUAUCAUAUUUCUCUUCCAUCGAUGCCAUUUCCACACUAAGGCGGUCUUUCAGCUCAGCUGGUCCAAGAUUGCCGCAAUGAUACUGGAUUAUGAUGUAGACUGAAAUUUGGUUCAGAGCUCCUCAACUCCUUCCU